AUGUUCAUCCACUUUCUUUCUUGGCCCUCCCAACAGCACACGAACACACACAUAGAUACACCCUUCGAUACCGUGGCUUCCGAUGACAACAACCAACACAUAUGUUACGCUUCAGUUAAUCAAUCGAUUCUCUGUUUUGUUGGUGAAGAGGAAGGUUCAAAGUAUGUUUUGCGCGAUGGGGUUAGAGAUGUAAUCAAAUCAGGAUGUGGCAAGGAGAAUGUUGAUCCAAAUUUUAUCAAAUCUGAACUAGAAAUGAUGGAUAAAAUUGUCGAUGGUGGGUUCAAUUCUUCCCAAUCCAAGGCUGACAGUUCGCAAUCUUUGUCGCCUCCUUCUUUGAAUGUUGGAAUCCCUGCUAAGGGUAUUUUGGGUAAAAUUCCUGGUACGUCCCCUGUUCAUGAAACAUCUCAUGUUACGAUUCUUAUUCCUAUGAAGACUGUGAAGCAUUCUGGUAGUGGUAAUGAUGAAGUAAUGAAUGAGGGUUCAAAUGAUGAUGUGAAGAUGGGAUCAGAUACUGGGACUAAUUUGAAAAUGAAACAGGGAGUUAGUUUUUUGGAUCUUAAAUGGGAUAAUGAGCCGAUGAUUGUUGAUAAUGAUUCCAAAUCAAAAUCAUCCCAAUGGUUACAUUGA